GUUAUCUUCCAUAUCAAUACCUCAAACUUUAAGCUCCCACGCAACCUGCAACCUACGCGACGUGACGAAAAACACAUUACAGUGAUCUCAACGUGCAACACACAAUCGGACAUCUUUAUCCUUACUUGAUAAGCUCCAUUGGAGCAUUUCAUCGCGAAGAUGUCGAACAAACAGGGAAAGAUGGCUGGCUACAUCAACUACCGAAUGAGGGUCACGUUGAUGGACGGCCGCCAGAUGACUGGACAGAUGCUCGCGUUUGACAAGCACAUGAACCUCGUCCUAGCCGACACCGAAGAGUUCCGACGCGUUAAGCGAAAGCAAAACAAGCCCACGGCUCCCGGCGCAUCUAGCUCGGCUGCUCAGACCAUUGAGACGGAAGAGAAGCGUACUUUGGGUCUGACAAUCCUACGCGGUGCUCACAUUGUGUCCCUAUCAGUCGAAUCUGCACCACCGGCCGAUCCUAGCACGCGACUUGGAAAGAGCACCCCGGGCGGCCUAGCUACAGGUCUAACAUCCGGUCCGGGUGUUUCUCGUCCUGCUGGUCGUGGUGCUGCUCCCACGUCUCUUGCCGGUCCAGCUGCUGGUGUUGGAGGUGGUGUUCCUCCUCCGUUCCCUCAAUUCCCUGGGGCGCCCGGGUUUCCUGGUAGAGGCGGCCCCCCCGCUCCCGGCUUUCCUCCUGGUGGAUUCCCUCCAGGCUUUCCCCAGAACGCACCCGGACAGUUCCCACCUCCGGGCUUUAACCCUGCCGGUGGUCCUCCCCCAGGAUUCAACCCCCCUCCACGAAGAUAGUGAACUUGGACGUGUGGGAAUGUUAAUACUCGAGAAGAAGAUGAGGAGAAAAGCCCUACAGAAGAACGAUAGGGGAUACCAAUGGCGUUUAGGGUGGUUGCUGAAAAAUCUAUGGAUAGCACCAAUGAACUAUUUGUGAACUUCGCAUUCUGUACUCUACGAUAGACCAGGAGGGGUUGCAAAAUACAUACAACACCACAUUGCGUCUCAAGGACAUCAAAGGCUAUUAUAUUCUGGCUUCUCAUGAAUCAAAUUGACUAAAUGAAUUCAAGUUGCCCGUACACUUCAAAUGUUGUAUGCCUAAACGUACAUAAAUAUAAAUGUACUGUACCUAGUUACCUAAGCACAUGCAGCUAGGAACAUUC